AUGUCCAAACCGUCGUCCAACGUUAAGGCCCUGCAGGCUAAUCUGAACAUCCCGAUGGGAGCUCUGCGUCCGGGGGCGGGACAUCCUGUGAGGAGGAGAGAAGAGACGGGAGACACGCAUGAGGCCCCCUCGCCGACGGAACAACUGAGCGACACCGCGCAAUCGCCGCAAGAGGAGAAAAAGCCAUUGCCGGGCGCUGUCAAGCUUCCGGGACCGGCCGUCGACCUCUCAGAGCUUCAGAACGUCAAGAGCGAGCUAAGAUGGGUCACCAAAGAGUAA